UGUAUUUAGCCAGGGAAACUGCACUCGACUCUCGGCCGGGGAACGCUGGAUUCCCACAUUUUAAGGAUUAUUUCGCGGGGCAGCGGCCGUAUCUUGACUUGGACAGAUUGGAACUUUUGAUGGAAUCAAUCCAGCUUUAGCAAGAAGGUGGAAUUUAUUCUGAUUUUCUCCGGAUUCUUUUCUCAGCUGAUGGAGCUUCAGUAAGGAAGAACCAUGAUCAAAGACAUCAAGGAGAUGGUUCCUCUUAUGGGGACCAAGAAGCCGAAUCCUCGGGAGACUCUGCCGGUGGCCGGCCAGGACAAGAGGGCAGCCGAAGGUACCCCCAGCAAGAAGAGGCUCAAUCCUGCUUCUCUUCUUUUUCCUUCCGCCCUCUCUUGGCGCGUCAAACCCAGGCAGAUCCCAAACGCCACGCCUCACCUGGGCAGUUCUCACUUUUUUCUGGAGAUCGAAGCCUUUGAGAGCAACGUAUCGCCAAGCCGGACGUCUCCCCCCAUCUUCUCCAAGCCAAUGGACUCCAACAUCCGCCCAUGUGCCUCCGCCAACUGCGAAGAUAUGGAUUCCCCCCAAUCAAUCCAGGAUGACAUGACGGAGUAUACCCCAAAUGCUGAGAGUUGCACGAAUUCAACCCAAAUCGCUCAGCCGAACAGUCGUCGUAAGAAGCUGAAAAAAUAUCUUUUCCGGGCAGUUUCAGAAGGAAAUCUGGAGGAUCUACAGAGCGUUCUGGCGGAAAUGAAGGAGCGGUCGCACAGGUGCCAAAAUCUGACCGUACAAGAAUAUCUGAUGAAUAAAAUGACCUCUUCAGACACCGGGAAGACCUGCCUCAUGAAAGCUCUGCUGAACAUCAACCAGAACACCAAACAAAUCGUGAAGAUGCUACUGUCGUUUGCGGAAGAAAACCAGAUCCUCGAAAAACUCAUCAACGCGGCUUACACCGAGGAAGCCUAUCGAGGCCAGACGGCUCUAAAUAUUGCCAUCGAGAGACGUCAGUACGACAUCACUCAGACCCUGAUCGAGAGAGGCGCGGACGUCAAUGCCCAUGCCCAGGGCGUGUUUUUUAAUCCCAAACGCAAACACGAAGGCUUUUAUUUUGGCGAGACCCCCCUGGCGUUAGCAGCCUGCACCAACCAGCCGGACAUCGUCCAGCUCUUGAUGGAGAACAGCAAGACGGACAUCAUGUCUCAGGAUGCGCGAGGGAACAACAUCCUCCACGCCUUGGUGACCGUGGCGGAAGACUUUAAGACCCAAAAUGACUUUGUCCGGCGGAUGUACGACGCCAUCCUCUUGAAAAGCAGAAGCCGGGAAUUGGAGAUGAUGAAGAACAAAGAUGGUUUAACGCCUCUGCAGCUAGCAGCCAAAACAGGGAAAUUAGAGAUUCUGAAGUACAUUCUCAGCAGAGAAAUCAAAGAGAAACCCAUCCGCAGCCUUUCCAGGAAAUUCACCGACUGGGCUUAUGGCCCCGUUCAAUCCUCCCUUUAUGACCUCACAGAAUUGGACACCACUUCUGAAAACUCACUACUGGAUAUCAUUGUCUAUAAUACAAAUAUUGGGAAUCGUCAUGAAAUGCUGGCUCUGGAACCGCUUCAUUCCUUACUCCGGAUGAAGUGGAAAAGAUUCGCCCGACACGUCUUCUUCCUCUCCUGCUGCCUGUAUUUCAUCUACAACCUCAUUUUGACGUUGAUCUCCUACUACAGGCCUCACACGAAGCAGGUUCAAGUCCCAGGCCCAAGGUUGACUCAGCCUUCCAUCCUUUAUAAGCCUCCACCAUACCCUCUGGCACUGAUCGGAGACCUGAAUUGGUUGCAGUUGGCAGGACAAGCCAUGGUUAUUUUGGGAGCCGUGUUUAUUGCUAUUAAAGAGAGUGUGGCCAUUUUCUUGCUACGGCCUUCCGACCUGCAGACCAUCCUCUCCGACGCCUGGUUCCAUUUCGCCUUUUUCAUUCAAGCAGUGCUGGUGAUCGUCUCGGUCUUCCUCUACCUUUUCUCCUACAAGGGGCACCUGCCCUGCCUCGUCCUGGCCAUGUCCUUAGGAUGGGCCAACAUGCUGUACUUCACACGGGGGUUGCAAUCCAUGGGCAUCUACAGCGUCAUGAUUCAACAGGUCAUUUUGCACGACGUGAUCAAGUUUAUCGCCGUCUACCUGGUGUUUUUGUUUGGAUUCGGCGUAGCUCUGGCGGCCUUGGUGGACUCGUGUCCCGAAGACAGCAAAUGCAACGAGUACAGUGUCUUGGGAAGCAUCGAGAUCGACUUAUUCAUGCUGACCUUGGGCCUGGGCGAGCUGGACGUCCCGAAAAACGCCAAACACCCCAUCCUCUUCCUCCUGCUGCUCAUCUCCUUCGUGAUCCUGACCUUCGUGUUACUUCUCAACAUGCUGAUCGCCUUGAUGGGAGAAACAGUGGAAGACAUUUCCAAAGAGAGCGAGCACAUCUGGAGGCUGCAGAGAGCCCGGACGAUUGUAGAGAUCGAAAAACUUCUCCCCAAGGUCCUGAGGAGGAAAUUCGAACUCGGGGAAUGGUGCAAAGUGGCCGACAAUGACACGCGGCUGUGUUUAAGAAUCAAUGAAGUCAAAUGGACGGAGUGGAAAACCCACGUGGCCUUUAUCAAUGAGGAUCCAGGAACAACAGAAUGCAGCAGAAUGCAAGAGACCUCCAGGAGUAACAGCAAAACCACUUUGAACGCCUACGAAGAAAUUUACGACUUGCCAGAGACGACAGUUUGAGCCCUGCGCUUGCAUGGGGGAAUGUGAGACCCUGAAGCCUUCAGAGAAAGCGCCCACGAAGGGUUGGAUGCACCCCGGUUCCCGAGCUCGGCCAGACUAGCAUUCAGAAGAAGGGGCGGUAGUAACACCCCCUCCAUCGCCAGAGUGUUGACCAAGAGUUGCAAGCAGGGAGAAUACGAGUUCUCCUAACUGAGACUAUCUCCACUUCUUGGGAAGCGGUGGACUUCUUCCGUUGGCGAACGAAGGGCCUGACCCGAAGGAAGUAACAUUUCAGAUUUCAAGAGAAACCACAGUACAAAAUCUGCAGCGUUGAGCACGUUGGGUAAGCGACCUUUCCUGGUGGAUUGGGACCUGCCUCUCCUCUUUGCUCUGGCAGGCUAGAGAGGAAGCAAAGGGUGGGUGUGGGGGGGGGGUCAGGAUGAGCCAUGAGCCCCCGCCCCCCCCGCCUCCCUCUAUCUCUCUCCUGGGUCAAUGGAACCGUGUUCCUGCCCAGAGGUGACCUCGAGCCAAAGUGGGCUAAUUUUGGAAACGGACCAAGAUUGAUCCUGGUUUGUCCUCCGAUGGAAAGAAGAAGCCUGUUAGGAGAAACAUCUGGAGGGGGGAGAUGGCAGAGGUUUUGCUGCACCGUUCUUGCUAAGGACACUUCCUGGAGAAGCGCGUUCCGGGAGUUUGUAUUUACCUUGAAAAGAGACAUCACUUUUUACGUGGUACAUUUGGGGAGGUGAGAUUUGAGGGCAUUUUUGUACACUGUGUGUGUGUGUGUGCGAGAGAGAGAGAGAGAGAGAGAGAGAGAGGGAGAGAGAGAGAGACGGGAGGGAGGAGUGAGAAAGAGAGAAAAAAAAGAAAAAGAAAGAAAGAGAGAGAUAGAAAAAGAGAAAAAGAGAAAAAGAAAAAGAAAGAGAAAAAGAAAGAGUAGUCUGUUUAUGUGUGUGUGAGAGAGAAAGAAAAGUAGAAAAAAGAGAAAAAGUGAAAGAAAAGAGAGAGAAAAAAGAAAAAAGAGAGACAGAAAAAAAGAGACAGAAAAAGAGAGAAAAAGAGAGAAAGAGAAAAAGAGAAAAAGAAAGAGUACAAUGUGUGCAUAUGUGAGAGAAAGAAAAAAGGAGAGAAAAAGAGAAAGAGUGAAAGAAAAGAGAGAAAGAAAAAAGAAAGAAAAGAGAAAGAGAGAAAGAGAAAGAGAAAAAGAGAGAGAGAAAUAAAGAGCCAUAUGCAUCUGCAAAGAAAAUUGUUGAAUUCCAAGUAUGUGCACAGUAUUUAUUCAAGUAUUUCUUGGGUUCUUUUUUGUAAGUGAUGUUUUGUGAGCGUUGCCAGAGAGCAAAUCGCUCCUCUUUGAUCUGCACUUUACAGCCAGAUGUGCAAUUUGGCAAAAUAAUCUCCCUGCGGAAAAGCGAGAGACCCGUAUGGCAUUCGUCAUUUUUCCAGACCUGAUGACUUUGUCCAGGGAUUUAUCAGACCUGGGACUGUCUUUUAAAAAAAUCUAUCUAUCUAUAUAUAUAUUUAUUGCAAAUAAAAGAAAUAAAGUCAAUUGUUUUGUAAACACGUCUAUCUCCCUAGUGUGCAAUUUUGUGACGGCCAGGAAAGAGCCAUCCUCCUCCUCACGCUGAAGAGAAAUUUGAAACGGACAUAAAACAGGUCACCUACGUCUUCUGUCCAAUUUUAUGAUUUAUUUUUUUUUGGAAUGGUUGUUAAACAAAUCGAUUGUUCAUUAUGGGCCAGUUUUUGCCGAAAACGGGAAGUUUACGUCAGUUUUUUGGGGAAAAAAACAUUGUAAAAUGCAGUUAUGUGGGACAUAACUAUAAGUGGGGGCUGGGUGCCCAAAAUGAGGUGAUGUGACCAUGGGGGGUGGGAUGGAAUUCCCUGGAGGGGUCCAUCAUAAGCUCAAAUGGUUGCUAAGCAACCGGUCAUAUGUCAAGGACUUCCCCUGUCUGGGAUUUCUGAUCUAAAGUAUCUUCUAGAUUCAGUGCUCUGAUUGAAACUAGAGCAGCUUAAAAUAUCAGUUUUAUAACAUUUCUUUAUCAGAAAUAUCUGAUAAAUAACGUGUAGGGUUUCCUGCCUAAGCAGGGGGUUGGACUAGAAGACCUCCAUGGUCCCUUCCAACUCUGCUUAUUCUAUUCUAUUCUAUUCCCAUUCCAUUCCAUUCCAUUCCAUAUUUUCUAUUCUAUUCUAUUCUAUUCCAUUCCUAUUAUUUCUUUCAUUCUCUAUUCUAUUCUAUUCUAUUCUAUUCUAUUCUAUUCUAUUCCAUUCCAUAUUUUCUAUUCUAUUCUAUUCUAUUCUAUUCUAUUCUAUCCUAUCCUAUCCUAUUCUAUUCCAUUCCAUUCCAUAUUUUCUAUUCUA